AUGAGCCCUUGGUGGCGCCGGCGCCGGCGCCAGCGCCCGGCGUCUUCCUCUUCCUCCUCCUCGGCAAAUACCGAGGACUCCGAGCUGCGCGACACGACCUCCUCUUUCUCCUACCAGACCGGGUGCAUGUCUUCCUGGUCCUGCUUCAUGUCGCCCGAAGAGCAGAGCCACAUCCGCCGGAGCAUCGCCAUCGACCGGUCCAUUUCAAGCGAGCGCCAGCGCCGUCGGUCCGAGGUCAAGCUCCUGCUUCUGGGAUCCGGCGAAUCCGGCAAGUCCACCAUCCUCAAGCAAAUGCGCCUCAUUCACGACAAAGGCUUUUCCCGGCCAGACCUGGAGAACUACCGGAGCAUUGUCUUCAGCAACAUCAUCCAAAGCGCCAAGGCCCUGUGCGACGCGCUCGAUCUCCUGGGCAUCCCCCUGGGGGACCCCUUCCUGGAGCCGCACAAGGUGUUCAUCCAAAACUACCCGCCGGAGCUGACGCGGGCCGAAUUCCCGCCCGAUCUCUAUGAGUCUCUCUCGCUCAUCUACCAAGACCCCGGGAUCAAGCAAUGCCUCACGCUCUCGCACCAGUUUCCCCUGGCCGACUCGACCAGCUACUACCUGGAGAGCCUCAGCCGCAUCGCCAUGCCCGGCUACCUGCCUGACGAUCAGGACGUCCUCCGGACCCGCGCCAAAACCACCGGCAUCACCGAGGCCGCCUUCAAGGUCGGCGACUUGACAUAUCGCAUGUUCGAUGUGGGCGGCCAGCGCUCCGAGCGCCGGAAGUGGAUCUACUGCUUCGAAAAUGUGACCGCCAUCAUCUUUGUUGUGGCCAUUUCGGCAUACAACCAAAACCUCCUCGAGGAUGAGACCGUGAAUCGCAUGCAGGAGGCCCUCUCCCUCUUCAGUUCGAUAUGCAACAGCGAGUGGUUUGUCCGCACCUCGAUCAUCCUCUUCCUCAACAAAAUGGACAUCUUCAGCCAGAAAAUCCCCCACUGGCCACUGAAGGACUACUUUGAGGACUAUGAUGGCGGCAAAGAUGUCCGCAAGGCUGCCACAUACCUGAUACAGAAGUUUACCAGCCUCAAUUGUUCGGCCGAAACCAAGCAGAUCUACACCCAUCUGACGUGUGCCACCGACACCGACAAGAUGCGCUUCGUCAUGGCGGCCAUCGGGGACAUCAUUCUUCAGGCCAAUCUCCGUGAGUGUGGGCUCCUCUGA